GUUCCUGACGCUGACGACAAGGUUUCUGACGCUGAGGACAAGGUUCCUGACGCUGAGGAUAAGGUUCACGACGCUGAUGACAAGGCUCCUCAAGCUGAGGACAAGGUUCCUGACGCUGAGGACAAGGUUCCUGACGCUGAGGACAAGGUUUCUGACGCUGAGGACAAGGUUCCUGACGCUAAGAACAAGGUUCCUGACGCUGAGGACAAGGUUCCUGACGCUGAUGACAAGGCCCCUGAAGCUGAGGACAAGGUUCCUAACGCUGAGGACAAGGUUCCUGACGCUGAGAGCAAGGUUCCUGACGCUGAAGACUAGGGUCCUGACGCUGAAGACAAGGGUCCUGACGCUGUGGAUAAGGUUCCUGACGCUGAGGAUAAGGUUCCUGACGCUGAGGACAGGGUUCCUGACGCUGAGGCAAGGUUCCUGACGCUGAGGACAAGGUUCGUGACUAUGAAAACAAGGGUCCUGACGCUGAGGACAAGGUUCCUGACGCUGAGACAGGGUUCCCGACGCUGAGGACAAGGUUCGUGACGCUGAGGACAAGGUUCUUGACGCUGAGGACAAGGUUCCUGACGCUGAGGACAAGGCUCCUGACGCUGAGGACAAUGUUUCUGACGCUGACGACAGGGUUCCUGACGCUGAGGACAAGGUUCCUGACGCUGAGGACAAGGUUCCUCACGCUGAGGACAAGGUUCCUCACGCUGAGGGCAAGGUUCCUCACGCUGAGGACAAGGUUCCUCACGCUGAGGACAAGGUUCCUCACGCUGAGAACAAGGUUCCUCACGCUGAGGACAGGGUUCCUGACGCUGAGGACAAGGUUCCUGACGCUGAGGACAAGGUUCCUGACGCCGAUGUCAAGGUUCCUAACGCUGAGGACAAGGUUCCUGACGCUGAGGACAAUGUUCCUGACGCCGAGGACAAGGUUCCUCACGCCGAGGGACAAGGUUCCUCACGCUGA